AUGAGUGGUUUUAUGGCGGCUCUAGGCGCUGAUGUGGUUGCGCUGGAGCUGCAGAGCGACCUGGCGAAACUGAUUGAGGAGACAGCCCGUAUGAACUGCUGGGAAGACAGGCUCACGGUGCUCAACGGCCUCGUCGCGGUGGACCCCGCACUGGAUGGGAAAAUGGAAGAGGUUGAUGGCGGCGCGGGCUGGCGACCGUACGGCGGGCACCGGCCGGACGUCUAUAGAGUCCCCCACAUUCUGCUGGAUACAAUCGUCGAGGGGCGCUCCUGGGAUUUCAUCAAGCUGGACAUCGACAACUUUGAGGCCGCCAUGGUCGCGCGGCUUGAAGCGAUGAUAUCGACCGGACGGGUCAAGGUCCGCUCCAUACUAGUAGAGCUCAACGACGUACAAAAAGAGGUCGCCCCAGCCGCCUUCCACAGGUUGCAGCAGGUGCACGGGUACGACAUUUACCGUCUGAACAUGCAUCUGGACCGCCGCUUCAUCAACCAGAAGGGCUGGGACAUAUACGCGCAUUAUCAGGACGUCGGCGUCGACACCAAGAUCUGGGAAGAAAUGUUUAGUGUGCGCCUCCUGCGCUACGUCCAGCGAGUCCGCAACUUGCCGAACCUUCAGGACUGGGACGACGUCACUGCAUUUGGUAUCGAGGGAACACUUUGGCCAUCGCAGUUCUUGAUCACCAAAGAAAAACUGCUGGAAAAGACACGUUACGAGCAUGUAGCAGCCGUCGAGAACAACCGCAAGCCUUACCAAGUAUAUGCCGAGCAAAACGGCUUGCACAUGGGACCGGGAGCUUGCCCGCCGUGGGCGCCGUGCACGGACGACGAAGUGGAGACUUGA